CGCGACUGUCUUGCCAGUGUCACUUUCCAAUAAGUAUGGCGGCCUCAAGUGUGUUCAGGUCGGGUUUGUUUAAUAACAAAGUAGCGAUUGUAACGGGUGGCGGGACCGGUAUUGGUAAAGCAAUCUCCGCAGAGCUGCUUGAACUCGGGUGCAAUGUGGUUAUCUCCAGUAGAAAGGUAGAGAGGCUUGAAGCUGCUGCUGAGGAGCUGAAGCAGAAAAUCCCUGCAUCCAGCCUGGCAUCUGUCGUACCUAUAGCCUGCAACAUCCGCCAAGAGGAUGAGGUGAAGGCCCUGGUUUCAUCUGUACUCAAGAAAUAUGGUCAAAUAGACUUUUUGGUGAAUAACGGUGGAGGCCAGUUCAGCAGCCCAGUAGAAUCAAUGUCGUCCAAAGGUUGGAAAGCUGUCAUAGACACCAACCUGACUGGAACGUUCCACUGUUGCAAGGAAGUUUAUUCUGCAUGGAUGAAAGACCACGGAGGGGUGAUUGUCAACAUCAUUGCCGAUAUGUGGAAGGGAUUCCCAGGAAUGGCCCAUACAGGUGCAGCCAGGGCAGCUGUAGAUAACCUAACCAAGAGUCUAGCCAUUGAGUGGGCUAGCUCGGGAGUUAGGAUCAAUGCCAUUGCACCAGGUACCAUCAUCUCUAAGACAGCAAUGGAGAACUAUAAAGAAUUUGGACCAACUUUGUUUAAGAUGUCUGUCCCAUUCAGCCCUGCUAAAAGACUAGGGGUCCCAGAGGAGAUCUCCCCCGCAGUGUGUUUCUUGCUCUCUCCAGCUGCCUCCUACAUCUCAGGAGCCACUCUACGGGUGGACGCGGGACAAAGUCUGUACCACUCCAUGUGGGACAUACCAGAUCACAGUGCAUGGCCUGAAGCUCCAGAGGGAGAAAACCUGGACACACUGAAAGAACUCCUCAACCCCAAAUCCAAACUCUGACCCUUGGCAUCAGAGAACAGAGGGAGAGUGAAUCAGAUCCUCACCUCACAUUAUUGCCAAGUCCCGUAGCAGGUAACAGGGGAUUGCCUUAAUCAGUUACAAGCAAUCGUGAUUUUUUGCCAUCAUCUGCUGUUGAUGGGAUGAAAAAUUGGACACCCAUCUGCCUUUUCUGUCUCAUGUACAUAACUGUAGAUAAUUCAAAUAUUAACAAUGAAAGUCUGACAUAAUUUCUAUGAUUAUUGGAAGAUGCUGUAAAAUGUUUCCAUAAUAAUGUACAAUACAGAGAUAAUGUUUCUAAAAACCAACCAUGUAUCUAAAUAACAAUAUCAGCAUGUAAUAGCGGAUGAAAGGAAUUCUGUUGUCUUGACUCAACUUUGUCAUAAAAAAAAAUAUCUUAAUAAAUCAAC